AUGUCUUCUGCACACUAUGCCACGACCAAGGUCUCCAUCGACAGGUUCGAUGGGGACAGCUAUGCGACCUGGUGUCGCUACACGCGUGGCGUGUUUCUGACGAAGUCAGUCCGGCACGUUGUGAGCCGCGAAGUGACUUCAACCUUCACCGACCCGCGAGCUUCAGAUGAGUACAUUCUGUAUGGUGGUUCGCAGAAGGCGGGACGUAUCUACUUCAAGCACCAGCUGUUCAGCAUCAAGAUGGUGAAAGGAGGCAACGUCUUGCACCAUUGCAACGAAGUCUUGAACAUCGGCGCCAAGCUCAGCAGCAUCGGUGCCAAGAUGGAAGACGAAGACAUUGCGAUCUGUUAG